UAGAUCUAUCAGUAUACUCGGUUGCUAUUUAUAAAAUAAUAAUUUUUUUUUUAUGUGGAAGUACAAAUCUGUACUUUUCCUAUGCUUAAUAGGGUUUAAAGACUUAAAUGAGAUUGAUGGCGCAAGAGACGAUGCUGAAAAUAAUAUUAUUCCAUAUGACGAUGAUCUUGGGGGGCCUAACAAUGCCUGGUGGCACCGAAACGUUGAUGCUACCUCUAAUAAAUCAAUGAGCAUGACUCAAGAUAUGUUGGAGGAAGCGUUGGAGUUCCAAAGGCAAUACAAAAACUAUAUGAAAAGAGCCAAAAAAGGUCGGAGAAAAUAUUAUAAAUAUGCUAAUUUAAAUCGUCAACAAAAUAAUGUUGAAAUAAAGGUAACCUCAGAUAAUAAAUCGAAUGUAUACAAUACUAGCUUGAAUGAAAAGUAUUUAGAAGCUGAUUACGAAGCUUUUCUAGUGAAAGAACAAGAAGACAUCUUAGGCCCUAAAAUGUCUUACAUGUUGAACUCAAAUUCGCAUCAUUUAAAUGCUUCAAAUCUAUCAAAUAAUUUAACUACCCGUUCGUUUGGCGAUUCUCUCACUGGCUUUAAUAAUAAAUUAUUGGACGAAAAUCGAACUCAUGGAUUAGCUAUUUACUCUCAUAACAGUUCUAACAAACAUAAUAAUAUACUUGAAGGUAAUGAUGCAUCGUCCAUAACAUAUCCAGUUGAAGUAAAUGAAAAGAAGAAAAGUAUUCUGUUGCAAUCUACUAUUAUUCCAAAUGUAGCAAAGAAUUUAUUCAAGUUAUCAACUAUUAUAAAAACAUCUCCAGAAAAUUGUGGACAAACAAAGGCAGGUAUGAUGAAUAAAAAAUUUGAGAACGCUGUAACGAGUUUGAGAAUGAGUACCAAAUCUACUCAGUUAAAUAAUAAUUCUUAUAUUAUGGGUCCUCUCGAUUAUAAUUUAACUAGUUAUUUUUCAAAUUUCCCUUCCCUAAUUAUAGCUGCAACUAAUCGUGAUAAUUUCCUUCCUAGUACGAGUUCCUUUAAUUAUCCUUCAUAUAAUACUUUAUCGGUCUUAUUUAAUGUGUUACUAGAAAAUCAAACUAUUUUUACGAAUAUCACCAACAAUCUCGUAGUGUUAAAUAAAUUAUUUUCUAAGUUUGCCACAAAUGUUACCACGAUGAUUACACCAGCGACCGUUUUUAAAGCACUCUAUACCACUCAUGGUAAUAAAACUUUUGAAAUGUUUAUAAAAAAUUUGCGUUCAAAUAUUGAUUUUGCCAUCAACCCUAAUUCAGUUAAUGAAUCGUAUUCGAUUAUCUGUCAAAACUGUACGAAUAUUGGGAUUAGUAAAAAAAAAUCAGAGAUCACAUCAAAAUCAACGAUGCUAAUAAAAGAUGUUAAUACGAAAAUGGCCAUGAGUGACAUUACCAAGCAUAUUACGAUAGUUCACUGGGGUCUUCUUUUGAACAACAAUAGCAAUAGUUUAUCAUCGCUUUCGAGAAUUGCUCCCGCCAUUCAAGUAGCGCUUAAGAGACAGCAAAUUCAAUCAUUACUUAUACUUCCAAAAUACAAUAAGUUAAAUAUUUUACCUAAAAGGGAAGGAAAUGGCAUACCUAAAGCGAGCACAUCAUUUUUAUCCGCUACUAACCAAUCUUCUUUAUCCAGCCAUCUUAAAAUAAUCCAAGAAGAUAAAGAACAAGAGGGAGAGAACGUUCUUAGAGUAGUAGUUAAACAAGGGGAUUCUCAAUGCUCCUUUGUGUAUGGCUUUACAGAAGCUAUUAGACUAGCUUUUAACGAAAACAUAGUAGUAUUGUUUGGUCCGGUUUGCGAUUUGGCUGCUUCAAAAUUCGCCCGAUUAACUGGAAGGUUGUUUAAUAUACCGAUGAUCAGCGCGGGAACGUUAACCCAUGAUUUUGGCAAAAAUAAAACCCUUCCCGAUUCAGAAUUUCCACUGUUGACCCGAGUGGGUCCAUCUUUCAACUCAAUGGCUAAGGUUAUCGUCAAAAUCCUUAUUCAGUUUGACUGGAAUCGCGUAGCCAUACUCCACGAAACUAAUAGCCACCCAGAAGUCAUGGAUAGAUAUUGCUACUAUGCAUCGACGGGAAUAUUGAACGAGCUUAUAGAUAGGAAUGGGAAGCUGGGUAACGAUAGUAGUAAGGAACCAGAAGCAAUGAAAAUUACGUAUAAGCAAGCUUUGAAUAUGAGGGAAGCCAUAAGUGGACAGAUUUCUUGGACUGAAUUCCUGACGCAGAGCGUGGGAUACGAAUAUUCUGUAAUUAUACUCUGCGCGUCUCAAGCUACGGUGCGGAAAAUUUUAUUGGCUGCGUAUGAUUUGAAUAUGGUGCAAAGUGGCGAAUACGUCUUUUUUAAUAUCGAACUCUUCAACAAACCAGAUCACAAAAAUCCCAUAUGGGAGGUAGAGAAAGAUGGCACGGAGAUUAAUGCCAAGGCUAAGAUAGCGUAUGAAGCUUUAUUUACACUCACCAUGAGGAUGCCAGAUAAUGAGGAAUACAGAAAAUUUUCGGGUCAAGUCAAAGAAAUAUCCAAAAGAGUAUAUGGGUUCGAUUACGGUACCGAAAAUGUGAACGCGUUUGUAAGCGCUUUUCACGACGCGGUAAUUUUGUACGCUUUGGCUCUAAACGAAACCUUACAAGCUGGUUUUAAUUAUACCGACGGAGUUGAGAUCACCAGGAGAAUGUGGAAUAGAACAUUUACUGGAAUUACUGGGAACGUAAGCAUAGAUGCUAACGGCGACCGUUACACAGAUUAUUCAUUGUGGGAUCUAAAUCCUAACACCGGCAGAUUUCAGGUAGUAUUGAAUUAUUAUGGCAAAGAAAAUUCAUUGCUAGAGGUGCCCGGGAAAGCGAUUCAUUGGGCCGGUGGGAGAUCUACGCCCCCCUUAGAUCAACCAGAAUGCGGGUAUGAUGGUUCUUUGUGCAGAAAGAAAGAGUUUCCUAAAUACGCCAUCGUCAUAACAUUUUUGGGGUCUUUAGUGUGCUUGCUUUCCAUCUUAUCCUUCUUUAUUUACAGACGUUAUCGGUUAGAAGCUGAGCUGGGAGCCAUGAAAUGGAAAAUCGCUUGGGAGGAUUUGAUGUUUCAAAGUCUAUUACAAUCCAGCGAUAAUAAAAAAUUUCACAGCAAAUAUAGCCUGAGCCGUUUUAGCCUGGAUAAUAACAAACAAGAUUCCGAAUAUAGGCGUAAUUACGAUAGUAAUUCCUCCAAUUCACUUGCCAGCGACGAUAUUAUAGAGGAGUCCGGAGGAGGUAGCGAUGAUCACCAAAAACACAGGCAGGGCCCUCUAGAUUAUAUGAGAAAACGGAGAAAAUAUCACAAGAAGAAAUCACGCCACAAAUCAAAAGUCGAGAAUCAAUAUUUCAACGAGCAUAAAAUUUCAAACAAAAUUUCCAAAAUUUCUAAAGCUGCCUCCAUAGAAUUUAUCGGACACAACCACAAGAAAAGCUCGGAUUCUAAUUGGUAUGGAGAAUUUGGGAAAAUCACUAAAGAUAAUUGGAUAGGAAAAGUGAUGAUCGCUUAUUACAAGAGUGUCCCGGUAAUACUCAAACCUGUCAUAAGCAAGAAAAAGAUAGAGAUAACUAGACCCAUGUUAUUGGAGAUAAAACAAAGGAAAGAUUUGCAAAACGAUUAUAUAACCAGGUUCGUAGGGGCUUGUUUAGAUAAUACAAACCCAUUGCAUAAUUGCCUAGUCACUGAGUACUGUCAGAAAGGUAGUCUUAGAGAUAUACUAGAAAAUGGGCGACUUCAACUAGAUUGGAUGUUCCGAUAUUCCUUGAUGCAUGAUUUGACGAAGGGAAUGUCAUUUUUGCAUAACAGCGAAAUAAAAUCGCACGGAAAUUUAAAAUCGACAAAUUGUCUAGUGGAUUCACGUUUCGUAUUGAAGAUAACUGAUUUCGGACUUCAUAUUUUAAGACCUAAUUACGACAACUUUUUUAAGGGCGAGCCUGAAUAUUAUGAAAGAAAACUAUGGACAGCACCUGAACUCUUAAGAUUAAGCGAACCUCCCCCAGCCGGGACUCAAAAAGGCGACGUGUAUUCAUUCGCUAUUAUAAUGCAAGAGAUUGGGCUGAGAAAAGGCACUUUCUAUAUAGGAGAGAAUAAAAUCUCUGCUAAAGACAUAAUAUUAAAAGUCAAAGCGGGUUACAACUUAAAUUCUUCAAACCAUUACUUUAGGCCUACGCUAGCCGGGGCAGAUUGCGAUGAAGAAGUGAUAAAGUUGAUUGAGAAAUGCUGGAGUGAAGAUCCGAUUGAUCGAAUGGAUUUUAAUGCCAUUAGGCUUAUUAUCAGGAAAAUUAAUAAGGAAAACGAAAGUGAUAAUAUUUUGGACAACUUGUUAUCGAGAAUGGAACAUUACGCUAAUAACUUAGAAAAUCUGGUAGAAGAGAGAACAGCCGAUUACUUAGAACAAAAAAGAAAAGCUGAGGAAGUAUUGUACCAACUAUUACCAAGAUCCGUGGCUGGUCAAUUAAUAAAGGGGGAAUCUGUGACGGCAGAAUCUUUUGAUAGUGUUACAAUAUAUUUCAGCGAUAUAGUCGGUUUUACUUCAUUAUCCGCUAGCAGUACUCCUAUGCAGGUUGUUGAUUUGCUCAAUGAUUUAUACACGUGUUUCGAUUCCACUAUAGGAAAUUAUGAUGUUUAUAAAGUGGAAACGAUAGGCGAUGCGUAUAUGGUAGUUUCAGGAUUACCUAGACGAAUUAAUGAACACGCGAGAGAAAUAUCAGCCAUGGCAUUGGCUCUACAAAAAGCCGCAAAGUCUUUCACAAUAAGACACCGACCAUUUGAACAAUUAAUUCUUAGAAUCGGGGUUCAUUCAGGCCCAUGUGUCGCAGGAGUAGUUGGAUUAAAAAUGCCUCGAUAUUGUUUAUUUGGAGAUACAGUCAACACUGCUUCAAGGAUGGAGUCUACAGGAAAACCGAAUAUGAUUCAUAUGAGCUCGUUUACCCGGGAUUUAAUUGAACCUAGUGGUAUAUUUGACCUUGAAUUAAGAGGAGAUAUUGACGUUAAGGGUAAAGGUAAAAUAACCACUUAUUGGCUUCUAGGUUAUAAGACUGAUAAAUCUGACAAGAUGGACAAAAAAACUGACUUGAACGAUAAAGAUAUUACUAAUAAGAAAGAUAUCGAAAAUUUUCAAGAAAAUAAAAUCAGCCCUCACGCAUCGCACCUUUUCAGAUCGGAAUAUGAAAUUCUAGAAAACCAAAAUAACUCCAUACCAUUAUAUAACUCAGAGAAAAUUCCAGAGGAAUGCAGUGAUGCUGAACAACUAAAUGACGAUUCAAAUUUAAAACGCAAUAAAAUUAUAAGUAAUAGGCAAGAAAACAAUUGCAAAUCUAUGUACGCUACACCUCCCACAUCCCCGAUUUUUAUGAAAAAAUUUGACCUUGAUAACGCACCUACGGAUGAUAAAAGAAGUGAAACUUACAUGCAAGUGGAAGAUAAAAAUGAUAUCCCAUCAUCAUACUCUGCGAUCCCCGCUUCAAACGAUUCUCAGUCGCAUGAACAGCCUGAUGAUAGUAUAAUUAUAAAAUUUCUUCCAAUAAAAUUACCGCCGCACCAAAAUAAUCGCUCUGAUAAUAGUGGCAAUUUCUUUUCCAAUGCUGCUCGUAAUUUCUUUGGUUCUACUAUGUCAUUAUUAUCAAAUUUACAUUCGCCCACUUCCUUGGCACCCUCAUUGUUUAAAAAUAAUGGGCAUUCCGGUCAUUUCUCCUUUCAAAACUUGGACAGCAAACCUAUGUCUAGAUAUCUAACGGUUUCCAAACAAAACUCUAGUAUCGCACUGGAAGAUAACCCUAAAAAUGCACCCUUCAAUAUUAUCCAUCGAACCUCUAAAAAAGGAACUAAAGAUCUCCAAACCAAACCGCUUACCACAAUUUCUGACGAUUAUAACCUUGAUCGCUUAGCCGUAAGACAUAGGAAAAAUGCAUUCAGUCGAAUGCAACACAGAAAGCUCAGAUAUUCAAAAAUAUCUAGUGAGAUGCCCAAACAUAGUGGUUCUUUAGCUAGCGACUUGCUCAUAAGUGGAACCGAAGAAGAUCGGUUUAGGUUACGAAAUAAAAAGAAUGAUCAACAAAGUAUUUAUGAAAAGGACAAAAAUCAAAUCGAAGUUAGUGAAGUGGGAACAGAAUUAAAGCCUCUAUUAAACGCGUAAUAAUAAAAUGCGUUUAAAAAAAGAAUAGCGCUAAAAUCAGCAUGUUAUAUAACAUACUAUGUGUUGUAGGAAUACACAGCACCUAAUAAAGUGAAUAAAUAUGGACCAAUUCUCUUAAAACCAAAUGAGCCACUUAAGUAUUUUUAAAAUACAAAGCACACUUCGCAAUUCCCAUUAACGAAAUUGUACCAAGUCAAGUAUUAUAAUAUAAAUUUUCACAAAUUUUAUACAAGUAGAUUAAUUAUCCGCUAGAUUUUUCACGAUAAAUUGAUGCAAUAAGUCUAAAAAAUAAUUCAAUCAUAACCAUAGUCAUUUUAGCAUGUUGAUCAUGUUUGAAAGAGGCAGAUAAAUUAUCUCACAAUUCAAUCUUUGCACUAGUAUAUCUUUGUAAAGUUUAAAAAAAACAUUUAUAUACCAUAUAUAUUUAAUAUGAUGAUAAUGUGAAACAUUAUAUUUAUAUAUUUUUAUAUUAUAUAUAGAAAA